AUGCCAUGUCCUCUUUGCAAUUACUCGGCUAACGGUGUUCUUGCAGGAGUAGAGCAUAUGAAAGAGUUCCAUCCCCACGUCAUAGAAACCCUGCAAAGAAAGAAUAAUGAAGACCACAAUGCCGAUGAAAACAAUGCUGAGGGUACUGAUGGCGAAGGAUCAUCGAGUGAUUCCCAGGACAAGACGAGUUUUGUUAAGAAGAAGCAUAAAUGCAAGACUUGCAGCGCUUCGUUUGCCAAACCAAGUGAUCUCGUUCGACACAUUCGCGUGCAUACUGUUCCACCACCAGCGAAGACUCCAGCGGCCAAGAGCAAGACUUUGUUUCCGGUGAAGAGACUUAUGCCUUCUGCUAUCUGUCACCAGCCCUCAUUACCUGCUCCUGAAGUUCCACCACCAGCGAAGACUCCAGCGGCCAAAAGCAAGACUUUGUUUCCAGUGAAGAGACUUAUGCCUUCUGCUGUCUGUAAGGAGAACACAGAAGUUACUCAGUCCAAACAGUUUGAAGAGACUGUUGCAGAAAUUAGUAAACUUCCACCUACAGCAAUCAAAAGAUCGGAGGGAUCAGCGUUUGGACCGGUGGCAAAAGCCACACAAAAGGCUCACCUCCCAGACGUUGAGUUCUUCAUCACGGCCAGGCGUAUAUCUCACAACGAGUAUUCUGUUAGUUUCUCAAAAUCGAAGCCGAAAUCAAUUCGAUCUAAGGUGGAUACCACUGUAAGUCUUACCGCUAGCCUUCUUCUGGACUCUGCUUCGAAAAACGCUUCAAUUCAUCUCACUCUGAGCGACUCACAAAUUUUGAGUGUUUCGUGCUUGGGUCUCGUAAAAGCUAUGCAAAGUUGCAACUCAGUUGUGAUGAGGGCUCGACCAGUGGAUCCAUCAUGCCCAAGCACUGUGGAAUUGCUUCCUCCAGCAGAAGCUGUCGAGUUUGUUAGGAGGUGUGACGUUUGUGAGGUCGAUUUGCAUUCGAAGGAGGCCAGUGAUGCUCAUUUUGCAUCGGAAGAUCAUGAAACAGCACAGGUAUGCUCAUCAGAUGUUUUCUUCAAAUUCUCAUAAUU